AUGAAUCCAGCCGCCUUCGGAGCUCCAUUCCUAGCAGUUCUGUUUCUUCUUGCUGCAGCGCUACGGUCACUACCGCUCGCCGGAGCACGGCUUCAGGUGGCGAUGACGGUGGUUAGAAAUGCCUCUUCCGUCGGAGCCUUUUGUUUGGACGGCAGCUUGCCGGCGUACCACCUCGACAGGGGAUUCGGCGCCGGAGCCGGAAACUGGCUUCUACAGUUCGAGGGAGGUGGGUGGUGCAAUGACGUGGAGUCCUGUUUGGAGAGAGCCAAGAGCCGUAGAGGUUCAACGCAGUUGAUGGACAAAUGGGAAGACUUCAAUGGUAUUCUCAGCAAUAAUGCUUCUCUUAAUCCAGAUUUUUAUAACUGGAACCGUGUGAAGCUGAGGUACUGUGACGGAGCCUCAUUUGGAGGAGAUGCAUUGUUCCACAACGGGACAUCGCCGCUUUAUUUCAAAGGCCAAAAGAUAUGGGAAUCCAUCCUUCUUGACCUUCUACCAAAAGGGUUGGGGACAGCAAAUAAGGCUUUGCUUUCUGGUUGCUCAGCUGGGGGUCUAGCAACGUUUCUGCACUGUGAAGAUUUCACCAACUAUUUACCAAGAAACGCCACUGUCAAAUGCUUGAGUGAUGCUGGAUUUUUUCUUGACUUACAAGACAUUGGUUCAACACACACCAUGAGGGGCUUCUUUAAGGAUCUUGUGGCUCUCCAGGGAAUGAAGCCAAAUCUGAAUGGAAACUGCACAGCCUCUUCUAACCUUCCAGAUUUGUGCAUAUUCCCACAGUAUGCCUUGAAGUACAUAGCCACACCGUUUUUCAUUCUGAAUUCAGCUUAUGAUGUUUACCAAUUUCAUCAUGGAUUGGUGCCGCCAUCUGCUGAUGUACAUGGACGAUGGAAACACUGCAAAAUGAAUCCAGCAGCCUGUAGUAAGCAACAGAUUGAGCAGCUGCAAGGUCUAAGAUCGAGUAUGCUUUCUGCAUUAAAAUUGUUCUAUCAAUAUUCAAGCAAAGGAGGAAUGUUCAUAAAUUCAUGUUUUGCUCAUUGCCAAAGUGAGUCACAAAACACAUGGUUUGCAAAGGGCUCCCCAACAAUUGACAACAAGACUAUAGCAGGAACAGUUGGAGAUUGGUACUUCAACAGAAGGAACAUAAAGGAGAUUGAUUGUGCUUAUCCAUGCGACUCUACUUGCCAUAAUCUUAUAGCAUAAUUAACUCUGCCAAUAAUCAAGCAAAUUCUUUUGAA